GGAUUUGGUUCAUCAUCACCCAAAUUUGGCUACAUUGAAACUUGAAAAUGUUGACUAUCCUCUGAAAGCACUCGCUAGAAAGGCAUCUGCAUUCCCAAGCGGAUGUCAACUCAACUUUUGGCAGCGUUUCAUCUAUGAUCGUUAGUUGAUUUCUCCAGCCCAAUCCUUUUUUCUUUUCUAUUCACAAUCUUUCUUUUGUGAACAAGAAGACUGCGAAAUUGUGAAUCAAUAUGCAGAAUGGUGUUAUCAGCUUUUAUUUUUAAGAAGUCGACUGAUUACUGCAAAUACAUACUAGGUGCUUUAUGAUCAUAAAGGACUACAUAUAUGGAGCUUAAUAAUCAAGGGAUUAUUUAUAGCAGGAAACUAUACAAAUUUGAUUAAAAGUGGAAGCGAGUGUAUACUGAGUUAAUUUUCUAUAUAUUUUGACUUGAAGGUGUUCCUGUGAAGUUGGAAAACUACCCUAACAACCCAAAUGCUGAUGACAUUGAGAAUCCAGCGGACAACUGUCAACUGUUUCUUCAGAUGAGUGGCAGAGGAAACUUGUUCAUCUCUGGUUUGUCAUAAAUUUCUGUUUAAUCAAAUGCCCAAAAAGCAAUGUUUUAAAGUUUGUCUAGCUAACUUGAUUACCAUACAUAUAGGCAAUUUAAAUCAAUUGAUUAGCAAUAAGCCAAUAUUUCAUGUCCUAGUCCAUAGUCUGGAGUUUUCCUCUCAAAUUAUCCAACCAGUUUGUUUUCUGGUACAGUACGCCAAAAAUUGAGUGUCCUACCUGCCAAAGUCAUGGAAUUAGGUAAGAGACAACAAAGAGUCCAUUUAAGUUCACAUAGUUUCAAUUGAAACCUGUGACAUCUUUUGUUUAAUAUAUAAAAAGCAGUGCUGAAUAUCAAGCACAUCCAAGAGGAAAAAUUGAAGCAUCAUCAAGCUCUUCAACUUGUCAAAUGCUUGUGCAAAGGAAUAUAUUCAUUUGGUGAUUACAAGGCAAUCAAGCACUUUCUCGCAGAACCAGUCAUUGAGGCAGCAAGGAUGGGUAUUCAUGAGGUUUUAGAAGAGCUUGUGGAUACAUUUCCUGAUUCAGUUUGGUCCUCUGAUGCAGAUCGCCGUAAAAUAUUUCAAGUUGCAGUUACAUCACGUAGUGAAAAUGUUUUCAACCUCAUAUAUCAGAUGGGUGACCAUAAGCAACACAUGGCACACCUUAGAGACAGAUCCGGUAACACCAUAUUGCACUUGGCUGGGAAAUUGGCACCUGCGCAUAAACUCAAUCUUGUUUCUGGUGCAGCUCUGCAGAUGCAGCGUGAGUUACAAUGGUUUGAGGAAGUGAAAAAGUUUGUCAUCCCUGCCUACAAUGAAAUAGAAAACGACGCAAAAAAAACACCAGCAAUGGUAUUUAGUGAGGAACACAAGGACUUGGUAAUAGAAGGUGAAAAAUGGAUGAAAGACACAGCAAAUUCAUGCACAAUUGCAGCAGCACUCAUUGCCACUGUAGUAUUUGCAGCAGCUCUUACCGUACCAGGCGGCGACAAUCCGGAUGGCCUCCCAAAUUUUUCCAAAGAAACUGGCUUCAUAACUUUUGUCGUGUCAGAUGCAAUCUCUCUGUUCACAUCCACAGCUUCCAUGUUAAUGUUCUUGUCGAUUCUCACAUCACGCUAUGCAGAACAGGAUUUUCUCUACAUUUUACCCAAAAGGUUGAUAAUUGGACUUGUUACCUUGUUCCUCUCAAUAACAUCAAUGAUGAUAACCUUCAGUGCCACGCUCUAUCUUGUGUUUGGCCACAAAAAAGCCUGGAUUCUUAUGCCAGUGGCUGCAUUAGCUUGUUUACCAGUCACCUUGUUUGUUUCCUUACAAUUUCCCCUACUAGUGGAUGUGAUCUCUUCGACGUAUGGUCCUGGCAUUUUCGGUAAACAAAGUGAGCGUCCAUUCUACUAAGAACACCAAAGAAGUUGGAGGAGUGAAGGUUGCAGCUACAGGUACUCUGCAUCUGUACACACAUAGUGAUCAAUGACAAUAUAAAGACUUAGCACAUCGUGCAAAUGUAGAAAUAAAUGUUGUAUCUACUUGGUGUUCCUGAAUCUAUUUCCAAGAGUUAACUCUGAUAUUUUAUCAAUA